CAAGUCAAACCCAGGCAGUGCGGUGAGGGCGUCGCGAAAUGGGCGGCGCGGCGGAGGCGAGCGCGCCGUCCGCCACGGCUUCCUCGCCUCUCCUCCUGCCCCGCGCUCCUCCGCGCCCCGAGGUGGGGGCGGAGGUGAGGCGGCAGGUGGGUCUCGCGGCGCCGCUGGUGGCCUGCAGCCUGCUGCAGUACAGCCUGCAGGUUGUCUCCGUCAUGUUCGCCGGGCACCUCGGGGAGCUCUCCCUCUCCGGCGCCUCCUUCGCCAACGUCACCGGCUUCAUCGUCCUGCUGGGUAUGGGAAGCGCACUGGAUACCUUUUGUGGACAAUCAUAUGGAGCAAGGCAAUAUGAUAUGCUUGGGACACAUACACAAAGGGCUAUAAUUGCUCUUAUGAUUACGGGUGUUCCUCUGGCCUUUGUUUUGGCCUUCACUGGUCAAAUCCUUACCGCUCUUGGUCAAAAUCCUGAAAUAUCAUCUGAAGCUGGACUGUAUGCUCAGUGGUUGAUUCCUGGUCUUUUUGCAUAUGGCUUGCUUCAGUGCCUCACCAGAUUCCUGCAGACCCAGAACAUUGUCCAAGUAUUGGUAGUUUUCUCUGGGCUUACAUUGCUACUUCACAUUAUACUAUGCUGGUUCCUGGUUCAAACUUUUGGCCUUGGCCAUAAAGGUGCAGCUUUAGCGACCUCAAUAUCUUAUUGGUUCAAUGUGGCAUUGCUAGCAAUAUAUGUGAAAGUCUCUGAAGCUGGCAGAAGGAGCUGGCAUGGAUGGUCAAGGGAGGCACUAAAUUUAAAUGAUGUCAAAGUAUAUCUAAGGCUAGCCAUUCCAUCUACUUUUAUGACCUGCUUGGAGUAUUGGGCAUUUGAGAUGGUGGUUCUCCUAGCAGGAUUUCUUCCAGAUCCAAAACUGGAAACUUCAAUUCUGUCCAUCAGCCUAAACACAAUGUGGAUGGUUUAUACAAUUCCAAGUGGCCUCAGCAGUGUAAUAAGUAUUAGAGUAUCCAAUGAAUUAGGUGCUGGGAAUCCACAGGCAGCACGCCUAUCAGUUUAUAUUUCAGGAAUCAUGUGCCUAACUGAAGGCCUUUUUAUAGCUAUCGUCACAGUAUCAGUGCGAGAUUUGUGGGGUUAUUUAUACAGCAACGAAAAAAAGGUCGUGAAGUAUGUAUCAAUGAUGAUGCCAAUUCUUGCUACUUCUGACUUCAUGGAUGGAAUACAAUGCACGCUAUCAGGAGCAGCUCGAGGAUGUGGCUGGCAGAAAUUAUGCUCACUUAUCAACUUGUUUGCUUAUUAUGUUGUCGGUCUCCCUUCAGCUAUUACUUUUGCAUUUGUUCUGAAAAUUGGUGGUAAGGGCCUUUGGUUGGGAAUUAUAUGUGCUAUGGCAGUGCAAAUAGUUGCUUUGAUUGUGAUGAUGCUUCGAACCAGUUGGGAUGAAGAGGCAGAAAAGGCCCAGGCUAGAGUUCAGUGUUCAGGUGGCAGCAUAACAUCGGCCUGAAUGUCAUCAGUUGUGGUUUUACCUCCAUAAAGCCUCGAUGAUGGCACCGUGAAAGGCGAGGAGGCAACAGAAAUUUGGUAGCUCCGAGGAGUGGAGGUUGUCGUGGAAGCUGAGCUGUUUCCAAAUCUGAAAUCUCAAUACUCCACCUGCUCACCGUGUGGGUUAAUCGAUUCUCAUCAGAAAGAGAUCUUUGCUGACAAUGAUGGCGCGAAAGGACGGAGAGAUCAGAGGAAGUUCAGGAGUUCAGGGGUUCUCCGGGAUGCUUCAGGAUGGAUGCUAUGGUCGGUUGCGUGGGCGUUUUCCACAGCUGAAUCGAUGCCAUCUAAUGCUCACGUUUGAUGGAUUUUAAUCUGUGGUUGGCUCGGAGAGAAAGGAGAAGUGACUCCGUUAGGUUGGUCUGAUGUCCUGUCAGAGGGCCCCUUCUUUUUCGUGUGGAAAACAGUUCAGCGACCACUUCACCUUGCUGGGAUCGUUCAUGGCUUGUUUAAGACUUUUUCCGUGGCGCGUGAUAGGGCAAUAGGCUAUAGGGGUCGGUCAUGUUUAGCAGGUUUUACUUGCUGAAAACUGGGCUCCUCGGAGUAGCAGAGGAAGACGGGAGUUGGUGCUUUAAGAUAACAACAGUGUGUGUUGGCGAGAGCUUUAAGCAUCAUACAUGCUGCUUUAAGAUAAAGUGUGAAGGCCUCCUCCUAAACAAGUCCUAAGUGAAUGCCUGUCCCAAGCCUCAUAUGAUGAGGCCAGAUUGGCACAUUUCUGCUUGGGUUUGCACAGGGGCCUUCUAGGGAAUCUUGAAUGAAAAUUGUUGAUGGCAAAAGUCAUGAUCA